GCCGGCGCGAUGCUCUUCUCGCUGCGGGAGCUGGUGCAGUGGCUGGGCUUCGCCACCUUCGAGGUGUUCGUGCACCUGCUGGCGCUGCUGGUGUUCUCCGUGCUGCUGGCGCUGCGCGUGGACGGCCUGGCCCCCGGCCUCACCUGGUGGAACGUGUUCGUGCCCUUCUUCGCCGCUGACGGGCUCAGCACCUACUUCACCACCAUCGUGUCGGUGCGCCUCUUCCAGGACGGGGAGAAGCGGCUGGCGGUGCUGCGCCUCUUCUGGGUCCUCACGGUUCUCAGCCUCAAGUUCGUCUUCGAGAUGCUGCUGUGCCAGAAGCUGGUGGAGCAGACUCGGGAGCUCUGGUUCGGGCUGAUCACGUCCCCGGUCUUCAUCCUCCUGCAGCUGCUCAUGAUCCGCGCCUGCCGGGUCAACUAGCCCCGCGCCGGGCCGCAGGCGGGGGUCGGGGAGGCUGACGGCCCGCCCGCGCGCGGUCUCGCUUCCACCGCGCCGGAGGAGACGUCUGGGCCCGAAAGCCCCGCCAGCCGUGCCCCGCGGAGCGCCGGGUUUUCUCCAGCCAGGCAUGUCUGAUUUCCUCAGCAGGGCUGCAAGAGCAGCCUGACCCCCAGACUGUGCUUGUGCUUGGAGCAGCUAACCCUGAACCCAGAGCUUGAGGAGGGCCCCAGGCCAACGCCCCUGAACUCCUUUGACAACUGAAAACUGUGGAGAAGAGAAGUGGCCCCAUGGGCCCAGGGUGUAUUUGUGGAUACUGGGAAAGUACUCUCGUGAGAAGGCUUUAGAGCUGCACUUGGGAAUGUUCUCUGGCCAGCAGCUGACCUACGAGCUCUUUGCCCCAUCCAUCCAUCUAGCAAGACUUCCUUAGAUGCUUGAGCUCUAAAAAGUUGGCGAAAACCAGCUUGUCGCGCACCCCCCCCCCCCCAGCCACUAGGGACGGCGGUCCUUUCUUCAACCCACCCCAGCAGACAGCAGUGUGUUGGAUAAGCUCCACUGGGACCCUGUCCAGAGACCUGCCACCCGUGGAAGGAACUUUGCUGUCAAGGCACUUGCUUGGCUUGCUGUGUCUCGACUGCCCUCCCACCCUGCUGCCGCCACUGUUUGCGCACCUUGGACAGGUUGAGGCCCUGGAGGUAGAGAGGAGCAGGCGCUCUGAUGUCCGCAGGCAUCGAGACCCGCCAGUGGGAGUCUGCGGAUGGCCUGGGCCCACACCUGUGGACCUGAGUGUGGUCCGCAAAUGGAUGUUAGUCAGGUGCCAAACAAGAACAUUUGCUGAGAUGAAAAUAAAAUAAGAGAAUGUUUUGCUGAAAUGUGGUGUUUGUCUGAGCUGUGAAUAAGAUGAAUGUCCAAACCCCCGCCGUCAUGUGUCGCUGGUGAUGCUAAGUUUGUAGGGGGCUGGAACCAGCCAGAGUUUCUUG